AAAGUUGGCUAUCGAUAGGUUUCUCAACUAGUCCACGUCUUCUACUUGCGGUUUUUCGAUUUGUAAAAUAAGAAUGACGCUUUAAUUCUGUGUUAAACAUGCAAUUAUCCGAGGUGCACUAACUAAUAUAGCUUCAGUUAAGUCAACUGUUUAUUGGUGUAAAGUACAAGCCGCCUGAUGUGGAUCACCGGUCAGUUUGUUUUUCUUCUGCUGGUGGCACUUGUUGCCGCAAAAACGAAAACUUCAGCGGUGCAGGAUGACAUCGCGGAGUAUAAGGACUUCAAGAAGCUGUUACGCACCAAGAACAAUGUCCUCGCGCUCUAUGUGACCAGUGCAAAGGCUGCUGCUGCCGAACUAAAGGUAUUCCGGGAGGCGGCGGAGGCUGUACGGGGAACCGGGACAAUGUUGCUUCUGGAUUGCGGCCAGCAGGAUCGCAAGAAACUGUGCAAGAAGCUGAAGGUCUCGCCGGAUCCUUACGCUAUCAAGCACUAUAAGGAUGGCGACUUCCACAAGGACUACGACCGGCAGCUGAGUGUCAGCUCUAUGAUCACUUUUAUGCGUGAUCCCUCCGGCGAUCUGCCGUGGGAGGAGGAUCCAGCCGGAAAGGAUGUCCUGCACUUCAGCGACGCUGCUUCCUUUACAAAACAUCUACGUAAGGACAUCCGACCCAUGCUUGUUAUGUUCUAUGUUCCCUGGUGCGGCUUCUGCAAGAAAAUGAAGCCGGACUACGGAAAAGCAGCAACGGAGCUGAAGACUAAGGGCGGGUAUAUUCUGGCGGCAAUGAAUGUGGAGCGACAAGAAAACGCUCCUAUACGUAAAAUGUUCAACAUAACAGGUUUUCCCACUCUGAUUUACUUUGAAAAUGGCAAGCUGCGCUUUACUUACGAGGGAGAGAACAAUAAGGAUGCUUUGUUAUCUUUCAUGCUCAACCCAAAUGCUAAGCCGACGCCAAAGCCCAAGGAACCCGAAUGGUCGGCGGAUACCAAUUCGGAGAUUGUCCACCUCACCUCGCAGGGUUUUGAGCCGGCUCUGAAGGACGAGAAGUCCGCCUUGGUCAUGUUCUAUGCGCCCUGGUGCGGACACUGUAAGCGCAUGAAGCCUGAAUACGAAAAGGCCGCUCUGGAAAUGAAGCAGAAAAAGAUUCCUGGCCUUUUGGCCGCAUUGGAUGCAACAAAGGAGCCGUCAAUCGCAGAGAAAUACAAAGUCAAGGGCUAUCCAACUGUUAAGUUUUUCUCGAAUGGCGUCUUUAAGUUUGAAGUAAAUGUCCGGGAAGCAUCGAAAAUUGUAGAAUUCAUGCGAGAUCCCAAGGAGCCUCCCCCGCCUCCGCCACCCGAGAAGAGUUGGGAGGAGGAGGAGGACAGCAAGGAAGUUCUAUUUCUGGAUGACGACAACUUUAGUUCGACGCUAAAGAGAAAAAAGCAUGCGCUGGUUAUGUUCUAUGCUCCCUGGUGUGGACACUGUAAGCAUACAAAACCGGAGUUCACAGCGGCUGCCACCGCCUUACAGGAUGAUCCUCGGAUAGCGUUUGUCGCCAUCGACUGCACAAAGCUUGCCGCUCUCUGCGCAAAGUACAAUGUUCGAGGAUAUCCCACCAUUCUGUACUUCUCUUACCUCAAAACCAAGCUGGAUUACAACGGCGGACGCACCAGCAAGGACUUUAUCGCCUAUAUGAACAACCCGCCGAGCUCAGCGGACCGCACAGAGCUGUGAUACGCUGUUGCCAAGUGUAACGAUGCUUCUUCCCCACCACUUUGCAAUCUCACUACUUGUAUUACCAUAAACUGUAUUCGUUCCGUUCAUUUAACAACCAACUUAAAUGUCGUCUAGACUAUCGAAUAUUUUAUAGAAUGUAUGCGCAUUUUGUAACUAUAUAGCAUACUAAUAAACUACUUAAAGCUGAUAGUAUAA